CAAAAAGAAAAAAAAAAAAAGAAAAAGGCGUGACGUCACGUUCCCACAAUGCACGCGCGCCCGAGCAGCUCGAGCGCCGCUGUGUUUAGAGGGAAAACACCGCAGGCCCUGGACAAACUCCAGAAAUUAAAGAAAGAAGGAGAGAAAGAAAUGUGUGAAAUUUUAUUGCAGGAAACGUUCGUGUGCUGAUGGAAGCAGGGAGUGUGUUUUUUUGGCGCCUGGUUAGGGAUCCGAUCCGACACACAAAGUGAACUUGUGCGGGGCUUUAAAGUUUUGUUGGAUGUUGACUAUGUGACGACUACCAACCAUCUCAAGAACUUUUGAAGAAGUCGGAUCUCUGGUAUUCUGAAAUCCAUUGACUAUCCUGCCAAUGUUUUUUUUAUACCUAAUCUUAAAACUCAUCAUAACCAUGCUGUGCAAGAAAUGGCUUCUCCUAAAUGUCCAAGCACAAACAUUCUAAAACCUGCUCGCACAUAUGAAAUGAUGUUCCAUGGAAAGGAGCAGCUAAACAGCCACCUCCAGACCCAUGACUCCAACAAGCAAGAACUGCAGUGUGAAGAGUGUGGCAAACACUACAACACUCGGCUGGGUCUGAGACGCCACGUGGCCACCCACGCCACCUCUGUGACCGGAGAUCUUUCCUGCAAGGUGUGCCGUCAGGUUUUUGAAAGCAUGCCGACUCUUCUCGAGCACCUGAGCACCCACACCGGCCGUCCUCCUCCAGGCGGAGCCGUGAGGGAGCGAAAGCACCAGUGCGAGCGCUGCGGCCGGCGCUUUUUCACUCGCAAGGACGUGAGGCGCCAUGCUGUAGUGCACACAGGCAGAAGGGACUUCCUUUGCCCUCGCUGCGCUCAGCGCUUCGGCCGACGCGACCACCUUACCCGCCACUUGAAGAAGAGUCAUGCUCAGGAGCUGGACAUCCUCACGUCUGCAGCCCCCAAUGUGGUAAAGGAAGAACCGAGUCUGACCACGUGCACCUCGGGAUCCCCUAAGGAUGCCUCGGAAGCGUUUUCAAUGGGUAUGUUCAAUCCUCAAGGUCUGCAGAGUGCCUCUACCUCAGCGGUCAGUCACCAUCAUACUGUGGUGCCUGGAUCCGUAUCCAGCCACAUGGGAGUGAGCUGUUAUUUUGAGCCAAGUAAGCACCAGCUCCAACAGUACCAUGAGGCUCAGCGAUACCAACCUGCCUCUGCUACCUCAUAUCUGAAAGUUGAGAUGGAGAACUUCUUGAACGAGCUACAGUGUGGACCGAUGCCACCUCAAGCCACUGUCGCAACCUCUGCGUCCAGACCGAGCGACCUUAUACCUGAUAGCCUGGGAGGUCAAUCUGCCCAUUUCACCCUCAGGAACGCAACUGCCGAGCCUUCACCCACCGCUGCUAACGUGGACCUCUCGCCACUGCUGGGCUUCCUGCCGUUCGGUCUGCCACCGUACAGUGCCCCUUUGAGUUCAGGAGGUCUUGUAAUGGGAUACUCUACAGCUACCACAGAUUGCUUGCCAACUCCUACCUCUCAGCUCGCUGGGCCGCUCGCCUCGUUUCAGCCGCAGCCGCUGCACGAGCCUCACGCCUUGGGGCAUAUAAAUCAGCCUCCUGGUUUCUCUCCUACUCUACCUCGAUUCCAUCAGGCCUUCCAGCAGUGAUGUUCCUUCUUAAACUGAGUGACACACAUUCUUGCGUACACUUACAGCAAAGCACUCGGCAGACUUCGAUCGAAGGCUCUUACUUUUACGACUCGAUAAAAUUCUGUAGAACGAGCUGAUUUGGGAGAAUUUUGGAUUGAAUAGAGAUUGUUUUAGAAUAGUUUUGACUUAGCUGGGUUUUUUUUAGUACUUCUUCCCUUUAUUUGAUUGUAGUGAUUUAUGGUGUUAUUUAGGUUCAUUUAGUAUCGAGAAGUCCGCAUCGAACUAAACUGAGGAAAUCCGAUGACGCGCAAAAGUCAGAGACCUCCGUUUAUUUCAGCUAGCUUCCAGUCAGAACGGCAAGUCAAAGAUGUCUGAAAGUCAGACGGUAAAGCAGGAAACGUGUAUUGAACUGGAAAUAAAACAAUAGUGUGGAAUGUGUGUGGAUGUAUUCCGACUAAGGGUUUCCGGGAUAAACCAGACUGCAGUUCGCACCCGGACAAAGCAGUUAUUGUGGAUAAAUAAAACAAGCCAACACGAAUACGCUCGUUAUAAUAGAAACUUCUCAACACGAAAGUGUCAAAAAAUCUGAACGGUUUCAAAUAAGUUUUAAAAUCUUGUCGCCUAGUUAUAUGUAGUAGAACAUCUAAGACAAGAUAUCGCUUUGAUAACUCUUAACAAAAGGCAGCCCGAAAAGUCAGACAUACAUACCCUUUAAGAAAAGGCACCUACCUUCAGUUAAGCAUCAAAAAGUCAAGUUUUCAAAAAAAGCUAUUUGCUUUUAUGUAGAAGUGGAAAGGCAAAGGAAAUUCUGUGGUAAAACUUGUGCGUUGUGGAAUUUCCAGAGCUGGAUAUGUCAAGAAAUGACUGUAGAUAUCACAGUGAGAUGAUUUUUGGGAGUAUUUUUGGAUACUGGAGGUGUUGACAGAAAAAAACGUGGUAUAUCAGUGGGAAGUGGGAGCUCAGUGUUUAAGGUGUUGGACUAUUGAUCAGAAGGGUGUGAGUUCGAUCCCAAGGGCCACCAAACUGCCACUCCUGGGCCCCUGAGCAAGGCCCUUAACCCUCAAUUGCUCAGCUGUAUAAAUGAGAUAAAUGUACGUCAAAGUGCCGUAAGAUCUACUGCCAAAUGUCACAAAUGUAAAUACCAUACUAGUUGAUACUAGUUGAAAAAAAAAAAUGCUGUAUACAAAAAGUUCUGAUCUGUAGUGAUCUUAAACCUGUCAAAGUUAUUUUGACACUGAACAAAUCACUCGCUGUUCGUUUUGUCUGGAAAAGAAAUAAAGUGUGAUCUCUGACUUUUACGCAGUCAUGUUCCUUGUAAUACUCUUUGGAAAAAGAGACUGGAUUUAUCACAGUGUUCUCCAUUGUACAAGCACUUUUCUCAGUCCGAAGCACUUCCAUGACUUAAGAGUCAGUUUAAACUGUGGUCUUCAAUCACAUCCCAUCUCGCAGCUUUCACACAGUACGUAAUCUACCUCUUUUAGUGGACUUCUCCGCAAGGGAGCCGCAUCUCCCUCUCGUGAUAUCGGCUAGAAAAGCAAAGCGAAUCCUCGUAUGAAAAGAUGUAGUGGAUGUAGAGAACUUUAAAACAAAAACAAAAAAAAAAUAAGCGAACUUUAAAACAAAUACAAAAAAAAAGUGGGGAUUUUAGAGUGCAUUUCGGUAGUAAGGAAUCGGAGACGAUUAUAGAGUCAGGUGUUCUCAAGAGAAUUAGCUUUUAUUCAUGUUGUUUUAGCAUUUACAGUGAUUUAAAUUUAAAACGUUGCUGUUGUGUUACGUAGAUCGACGACAUACGGAACAACGGUGAAGUGUGAAGACAAUUUUGUUUGUUUUGUUGCCUGUAACUCUUAAUUUCUCUCUGUUCAUUCCAAAAAAUCAUUGGAAAAGCAAAUGAUUUCAAAUAUAAAAUACGAUACCGCUUACUGGUUCCUAACAGAAGGAAGUUGAUUAAUAUGUUUUGAAGCUCAUCUGGUGUUUUUGUUUUGUUUUGUUUUGUUUUUUGCUUAAAAGUUCCCCAACAGAAACAAAUCAAAGUUUUCGUCCCUUGAAUCCACAAAGUAUUUUGUUUUAUGAGACUUCUGUUACUUUUCCCAUUACGGAUGUUACACAAGUUAAUGACGGUCCUGUUGUUCGGCAAAUGGCACGACUCGGGAGCAGAAUUUCAUUCAGUUUCUACAACAGAAGGAAAAAAAAAGGCCUGAGUUGAAAUGAAGUUGAACCUAAUGUUACUGUGACGUGUUUGGACUCAGACGUAACUACCUCAGACAUAUCUGCAACUGUGUUUAUGUGGGUAUCUCACUGGAGUAAGAUGGUUUACAUCUUUAAUAAUGUCCAAUCGUGGCACUUGUUGUCUUUCAGUUGGUGUUAUGUGAAGUCUUUUUUUCACGUUUUCAGAAAAAAGACUGGAUUCAUUAAAUGUACUUAGUAUCAAGUUCAUGGAUGACAGAGAAAAUAAAGUAUCUUCGAAACCUC